AUGUCCCCUGCUACGGAUGUGGAAAAGGGGUUCCAAGGUGGUGGGGUGGGGUGGGAUGGCAAGGUCGCCGAGAGGGUGCGGCUCGGGGUGGAAGGUUUGGAGGAGGAGGAGGAGGAGGAGGAGGAGGAGGAGGAAUUGGAGAUGGAGGGCGAGGAAGACAAUAGUCAUGAUUGGGAGUUCCAAGAGCAGAAGAAGCGAGAGAGCCCGAGAAGCCACAGCCUGCUAUUGUCUCGCUUCUUCUACUCCUCCUCCUCCUCCUCCUCCUCCUCCUCCUCCUCGUCGUCGACAGCUAACGCGGCGAUCAACUUGUUCGAAGGAGGCGGUAGGGUACUACUGCUCACGGCGGAGGAGGUGGAAUGUAGCGGCUGCAUCGAUUAG